UAAAGAUGCACUAUUCGUAAACAGAUCUCACCUCAGGACGGUACCAUGCCCUCUCGACACAUCCUCACCUUGCUCGCUCCAGCUUGGGGCCACUCGCUGCCUUAUAUCCACCUGACGACGCGAAUGCUGGCCUCGGAUCCGGAGUUGGUCGUAACGAUUGUGCAGCACAACAUUCUCGUUCCACAGAUGAAGAAGGAGCUGAACUCGUGUUCGUACGAUACGAGCAGGUUGAAGAUUGAGGGUGUAGGGGACAACAACAUCCAAUUUUCGCCGACGAUCGUCGAAAAGAUGGUCGAACAGCUUACAGCCGGAUGGAUCGAACACCUCACGAAAGCAGUCACCGGAGGAACAACUUGGCCCAAGCCUAGAACGCUACACAUGGAUUUCAUAGGAGGAGGAUUUGUCGCCAAGCGCUCGAAAGCCUUGUUGGGACCGGAAGGAAAGAUCCUGCUCUGGUGGUCCACUGGAGUCGCGGCCUGUGUUGACCAUUGCAGUGAAUACGACUACGCGAAAAUCGCGAGCGAGAUAUACGCCGACGAGAACAAACGAGCGGGCAGAACGAUCGAAGAAAUUAUUGGCGAUGUCGUUUGCGCAGGAAAUGGGAGCGAUGAACUCGAUGGCAGGAUCCUAGAAAUCGUCGGUGGAGUCAAGAUAUACGAUUAUGAGCACAACGCACAGGGCGCAGGAUCACCACGGAACCUCGCUCCUGUUCUAGCGGUUGGACAGCAAUUGGCUCAAUUGGCUGACGGUUUCUUUUGCCCGACCAGCAGCGCCCUCGAGCCAGUCACAGCUCCUCUUUGUCGCGAGUACUACAAACAGCGGGGACAAGAACUGUUCCUUGUCGGCCCUCAAAUGCACGAUUCUGAAUGGGAGGCGCCGUCGGCAGGUCCAGGUCCUAACGAUGAAAGAGUGAAAUCAUUCCUGGCUGGUGCGUACAAGACAUACGGGCCGAAAUCCGUGUUGUACAUCUCUUUCGGCUCCCUGUUUUUCCCUGUCGAGACACCUCAUCUGCUCGAGGUGAUGAUCGACGUCUUGCUGGGUCUCGAUAGUGUGAUCCCCUUCGUGUUUGUGCUGGCCGGGACUAUGGGCUCCCUGCCGAGAGAUACCAUCGAUCGUAUUCAUGCCAGUGGCAGAGGAAUUGUAUGCACUUAUUGGGUUGAUCAGAAAGCCAUUCUCAAGAGUGGCACAGUCGGCUGGUUUCUAACUCAUGGGGGCUACAAUUCGUUGACUGAAGCACUAAGCCAAGGGAUUCCACUCAUCUUCUGGCCAUUGGGAGCAGAGCAAGCCCUCAAUGCGGCAAUGCUUUCGACUGGUUUACAUCCCAUUGGAAUCGAGCUGUUUCAGGUCUCUGCCAUCCGAGCUGGUGCCCAAUUGGGCCCUUCUCUCCGUCCUGAAGCACCAAAGAUCACAGGGGCAGCUGAGGACGCAAAAAUUGAGUUUCAGCAAGCAUUCAGUGAUCUCAGAGGACUGAGAGGUAAAGUCCUUGGGCAAAAUGCUACCCGUAUUGAGGAGUUGUGGCGCGUGGAGAGAAACCAUGGAGAACCUGUGCAAGAGAUCUUAAUGCUGACAAGAUUCUGAGAACAGGCUGAUAGCUAGACAUGGGUACACUGAUAGAGUUUGAGAUGAAGUACAC